UAACGGCGAUCCCGCCGCUUGACAGUUACUUCCUUCUUCCCACUCUCCUCCUUCCUUUCUACUUCUACCACCACCGCCCUCCCUUCAUCUCUCUCUCUCUCUCUCUCUCUCUCCAUAGUAUUCUUUUCUUCUUCUCCACUCUCUCUCCCGUUAGUUCUCGAUUCGCCUCUGGAGGCCGGAGAAACAGAGCAUUGUCUCCGGCUUGAUUCUCUCCACACAGAGAGGGGAAGACGGAAUUCGGAAAAACAAUGAGGUGAUCAGUUACGAAUUAGCAAAAACGAAACAGAGUAGGAUGCAAAGCCAGAAGAAGAAGAAGAAGGAAAUGUGAGAGCAGAGUCACUCAGCAAACCUUCACUCUCGCCAAAUCCACUUCUGGGUCCUAGUCGCUUCCUCUUUUCUAGCCUUUUUCCCAUUUAGGGAAGUUUUGGGUUCUUGUACAUUGAAGGUGAUCGGACCAGCGGGCGCGGAGGAAGAAGGAGAUGGGCAAGAAGAGCGGCGGCGGCGGUGGUGGAUGGUUCUCUUCAGUCAAGAAAGUCUUCAAAUCUAACUCCAAUAAGGAUUCGCCCCAGAAAAAGAAGGAGAAUACUAGUGGUGGUGGUGAGAAAUGGCGGCAGCACGAGGCCCCCGAGGUAGUCUCGUUCGAGCACUUCCCUGCGGCCGAGAGCUCCCCUGAUCAUGUCACUAACGACGACACCGGCGGCACGACGACCCCUGUCUCCGGCGACAGGAAUCACGCCAUUGCAGUCGCCGCGGCGACUGCUGCUGCAGCGGAAGCGGCCGUUGCAGCUGCUCAGGCCGCAGCCAAAGUCGUUCGACUAGCCGGAUAUGGCCGUCAGUCCAGAGACGACCGAGCCGCUACCCUAAUUCAAUCCCACUAUAGAGGCUACCUGGCUAGGCGUGCGUUGCGGGCAUUGAAGGGGCUGGUGAGGCUGCAAGCACUGGUGAGAGGCCACAACGUGAGGAAGCAGGCGCAGAUGACGAUGAGGUGCAUGCAGGCAUUGGUGCGAGUUCAAGCGAGGGUUAGAGCUCGGCGUAUGCAACUGACUCACGAGAAGCUGCACACGAAGGAUGGACCGGAGGAGGAGGAGGAGUAUGACGGGCACAAAACGUCGACUUUUCAAGAUCACUUGAUGAAUUCGAGGAGUCCAUUGAAGAAGAGCUACGUGGUGGAGAGCUGGGAUAACCGGCAUCAGACCUCCAGUAAGAUGAAGGAGAAUGCGGUGAGGAAACAUGAGGCCGUGGUUCAGAGGGAGAGAGCCCUCGCUUAUGCCUACGCCUAUCAGCAGCAGCAACAACACCUACCGCAGCCCAGCCCAAACGGAAUGGACCUGGGCCUGUACAGCGAAGAGCAAGCAAAAGCCCAGUGGGGCUGGAACUGGCUAGAACGCUGGAUGUCUUCCCAGCCAUACCACGGUGGCCGGUUCGGCCCAACCGACAACUCCUACAUGACCACGACCACGACCACCACGACCGACGACCAGUCAGAGAAAACGGUGGAAAUGGACGUGGCCACUCCGACCACGGCCGCCGGCAGCGGGAUCGGCAACAUAAGCAUCGGCGUCAUGGACCCAGCAGGCAGCAGCCACGUGUACUCGGCCCGUACUAGAAGGCAGCAGGCCCCGCCCACGCCCAACAACGUCCCCAGCUACAUGGCCCCGACCCAGUCCGCUAAGGCCAAGGCCCGUUCGAACAUGGGCCCGGUGAAGCAGGUGAGCCCAUACACCCCGCAGUGGAACUCGUCGACGAAGAGAGGGUAUGUCGUCGGGUCGUCGUCGGUUUGCGACUCUUCCAGCUCCGGCGGUGGCACGGCGAUCUACCACGUGCCCAAGAGCCCGAACCCGAUGCGGUUUCACUCGAGAAGGCUGCCGGCAGGGUACAGCCCGGAUUCGAGCGGCGGCGCCGACGACUGGAAGCUGCCGGGGGUUGAUGGCCACGGCGGGUGGAGGCAUGAUUUUGGGUGACGAGGACAUAUUAUACCAUGCAUAUAAAUAUAUAGACAACUAUGUAUGUGUGUGUGGUUUUAUUUAUAAUUUGGUUCAUUAACGUUUUAUUGUCCUGUAAGAAAAACGGUUUUUUUUUGGUUCUUGUGACGUCAUAAAGCCCAGAAGGCUAUGUAAUAAAAUGUUCAGUCUGUUAAAUAUUGUAAUGUUACUAUAUGAUUUGUGCUGUUCAUCUCGCAUCAAAAUGGUCAUGUUGUAGUUGUGAAUUGUGAUGAUGAAGCUCUUCUAUGCGCGGUUGACAAUACUAGAAAGAAACCUAUCCAAGUUCGAUGAUGAGCUUCCCGAUCCA